AUGAAUUUCUUCUCAAAGUUUUUCAAAUUCGGAUGUGUUCCAAAGGAGAAUAGCGCCAACUACACCGUGGCUUACGGACCAAACGAUCCGACCGUUGCCCCGCGUCUGUUCAACUCGACGCUCCUCGGCGAUUCACUGCUUGAAGAAACACUGCGAAUUCCGAGCGACGAGGGCAAAUUCCCAACAAAAGAGAAGAUCAUUGAGCAUGCGAAGAGAUUCAUCAAAGCGAGAGUCAGAACCCUCGCUUAUUCGGAUUCUAAUUUGAAGGAUAUGUACGAAAUUCUGGAGAGUUGCAUGAACGAGCGGGUUGCAAUGCAUAUCUGGUGCAUUUCGCGGACUCCUAGAGAAACCAGAGACGCCAUGGAAGAAACUUUGUUGCCGAACUAUUUGAAGUUGCUGAUAAACCCGGAUUGGGAUGUGCAAUGGUCGAUGUAUAAGGACCUAACCGACCACGCAUAUUUCCCGCAGUUCUAUAAAUGUCAGCUGAAAUCGGACUUCAAUUACCGGCAGAACUCUCAUGAAUUCUUUAUCAGAAUGAAUGACUUCAUCAACUACCUCCUCUUCCACAGAAAGGGUGAAGUCACCUUUUGCCAGAUGCUCCACUACAUGAAAGAUGAGUUCGACGGGUACGUGGCUCGAGAUCUCCUCGUACUCUACUACUAUCACAAAACCAAGAGAGGCAGUCAGAGAAUGGAGGAAUAUCUGAUGGCGAAGUACCAAUUCAUCAGAUACGAUAAAGUUUUGGAAAACUUCAAUUCUACUCAUUGUAUGCUGGAGGACACAGAAGUGACCAAGCAUCCAUUCUAUAUGGAAUACUUUCUGGCAAAAAAGAAUGUUCAAACAAAGUACAAGUUUAAGUUUGAUCCCUACCAUGCGUGCUACAAACAGGCUGCUGAUUAUUGGAUCCACUUCCGUUUGACCGUUCGCGAUGGCGCCGAAAAACUUCCAGAGAUUGUGAAAGAAAUGUACGAAUACCUGGAGGACAAUAUCUCGUCGGACCGUGCUUACGAAUUGUUCCUCAUCUCUCAAUUCCGGAUGGACAUGGCAAAGAUUCGUAGAAUGGAGGCCUAUCUUUCAGAGAAGUAUCGAUCAGGGCUCGUGACUCCGACGUUGCCUGGUGUGAAAGCUGAGUAUGUUGCUAAUUCCGAUGAAUGCACGUACUUCGCCGACCACUAUGCCAACAUCGACGGCAUCAUAAAGGCCAGCAGAAACUGCCACUCCAUUUACACCUGGGACAUGUACGACCAAGUUCAAAAAAUGCUCAAGCACAAAAGGAAGGCGCUCAAUCAGAAACUGCAGAAGGAGCCAAAGCCGUCGAAGCAACUGCAGCACCACGACAAACUUCUGCACUUCUUGAUAACACGUCCGAAUGAGGAGCGGAUUCGUGAGCUGUAUGCCAUGUGGUCAUACCGCGUGCCAGACUGGGAGGACGCCUUUUACGGAAAGUACAAGACCUCUAUCAAGAUGUUGAAGAAUUUCGGCACAGCGAAGAAAGUCAAAAUGUUCAAAUAA